AUGAAGCAGUGGAAGAAGAACUUUGGGCUGGCGCAGCGCGCGAUGACGCUGCCGCCGGACACAGCAGGCAUCGACACGCGGGAAGAGUUAGCAGCACGGCGAAAAUGCGGGAAGGAUGGUCAAGAAGACGCCGGAAGGGGAGAGUCAGAAGAUUGCCCUACGUGGUGGCCGGGAAGAUCAUCCACCCGAGUAUGGUGGUGUCCAGCACCCAACGAAGGAAGGAAGAGAGCGGCGCAGCGCGAUGAUGAAGAAGAAAUCAGGGAGGAGAUCGACCUGACGCAAGCGGAUAGCGACGACAAGGAACCAGCCAACGGAACGCGGGACUGGAUACUGCAGAAAUAUAAAGUGGGGCAACAGGUACCGUGGCCGACGGACGUCCGGCGUGUCACUAUGAUGCAGAACCCCUACAAGAUCUCCUUUAACAUACCUGGCGCACGAGAGGAGAAAUGCGGAUGUGAAGGACGAUGCGAGAUCGCGACGUGUCCGAACGCGGCGGAGAAGCAGCGACGCCUGGAGUUGAAGAUGACACGCACGGGAAUCGGCGUGGUGGCGACGCGGCCCAUACCAGCAGGAGGUGUGGUCUGCCAAUAUUAG